UGAUAUGUUUAUUCAUUCAUUCAUUGAUUCAUUGUAUUUGGGGAGCCUGUAGUUCACAAGGCAUUGGGCACAUCUGGUGUGAAUCAGACUUGAAACCCAUGGAUGAGGACAGUGAUACAAAGGGGAAAAGAUCCAUAAAUGUCUGUAAUACAUCGUAGGGUGUGGUUAGGGAGAUAAGUCUGUGAGAGCCUUGAAAAUGUAUUUAUCUCCAUGGAAGGCUCCCCUAAACUCCAUCUUGAAAUAUAUUCAACAGUGACUUUGAUCAACCAAUUCCUUACUCUCCGAAGGAAAACAAUGGAAUUUUCAUAAUUUUUGUUUUGCACGGUUUUCCCUUAGGCAUGUGGGGAAGAGCCCAUGGAAGCACAGAAUAUCACAAGGGUGUCAGAGUUUAUCCUCUUAGGAUUCUCACAGACCCGGGACCUUGAGAAAUUCCUGUUCCUGGUGUUCCUAUUUGUCUAUGUCACCACUGUUGUGGGAAACCUCCUUAUCAUGGUCACAGUGACUUUUGACUGCCGGCUCCACAUGCCCAUGUAUUUUCUGCUCCGAAACCUGGCUGUCAUAGACCUCUGUUAUUCCACUGUCACUUCUCCAAAGAUGCUGGUGGACUUCCUUCAUGAGGUCAAGACCAUCUCCUACCAGGGUUGCAUGACUCAGAUCUUCUUCUUUCACCUCUUGGGAGGUGGGACUGUCUUCUUUCUCUCAGUGAUGGCUUAUGACCGCUACAUAGCCAUCUCCCGGCCCCUCCACUAUGUCACCAUCAUGAACACUCAGCUCUGUGUGGGGCUAGUGGUGGCUGCUUGGUUAGGGGGAUUUGUUCACUCCAUUGUCCAGCUGGCUUUGAUGCUCCCCUUGCCUUUUUGUGGUCCCAAUGUUCUGGAUAACUUCUACUGUGACAUCCCACAAGUGCUGAGACUUGCCUGCACUGACACCUCCCUCCUGGAGUUCCUCAUGAUCUCCAACAGUGGAAUGCUGGUCCUCAUCUGGUUCCUUCUCCUUCUGAUUUCUUACACAGUCAUCCUGGUGAUGUUGAGGUCCCAUUCAGAGCAGGCGAGGAAGAAGGCAGCUUCUACCUGCACCACCCACAUCAUUGUGGUGUCUAUGAUCUUCAUUCCCUGCAUCUAUAUCUAUGCCCGGCCCUUCACCCCCUUCCCCAUGGACAAGGCUGUGUCCAUCAGCUACACGGUCAUGACCCCCAUGCUCAACCCCAUGAUCUAUACUCUGAGGAACCAGGAGAUGCAGGCAGCCAUGAAGAGAUUAGGCAAGCGUCUAGUGAUAUGUAACAGGGAGUGAACUUAAAAUAUCUUGACUCAGGGGUGUCUGGGUGGCUCAGUUGGUUGAGUGUCCAACUCUCAGUUUUGGCUCAGGUCAUGAUCCCAGGGUCGUGGGCCUCUGCCCCUCCCCCCUCAAAUAAAAACAUUAAAAAAUUUAAAUAUCUUCACUUUAAAAUGACAAGUCUUCCCUCUGAACUUCUGUUUUCCCAUGUGAAAAGUGGAGGAAAGUCUUUAUAGAGUAUGACAUUUGAGAUGAAAUCAAUAUUUCUAUGGACCCACACCUGUGUCAGGUUACUGUAUUGGGCACUUUCUCGCUUCUAUCUCAUUCUCAUAAAACUGAUAGUGGAUGUGUUAUUAUUAUUAUUGUAUUAAAUGCUUUAACAAAUGAGAGAACUCAGAGAGAAGUGACUUGCUCAACGAUGAAUAGCGAGUGGCAGAGCCUGGCCGGGACUUGGUUCCUCUGACUCCAAGUUUAGAGGUAGGGCUAUGGGUGGGAUUUGAAACUCAGGAUCUCCUACAAACACAAGGGAAAACCUAAAGAGUUCCUCGGCUAUGGAUGAAUAUCUGUGAUAAAUGGUGAAAAAUUUCAUCUUAAUCCUGGAACAAUAACACUCUUUUCGGUUCCCUGCUUUUAAUCUUCUUUCUUUAUCUUUGGAGUUCUGUAACUUUACUCAGCUAUGUCUUUGCAUUCAUUGAUGGUUGUCAAUUUUCCUGUGGCCUUUCAAUCUAUUGAUUCCAUUUAUAAAUGAUCAGAAGUCACUUACUGGUUUUAUUUUUUAAAAAGUGAUCUUGAAUCACUUUUUUAAUUUAUGAAAAUUUUACUUUUAUGUGAUCCAGAACAUCAAUUCUAAGGAUGGUAGGAAGCAUAGAAAUUCUAAUUAUAAUCUAUAACAUUGACCUAAAGGAAAGAAAUGGCGAGAAUUUCCUCAGAUUUAUCUUACAGGUGAUCAUUUCACAACACGAGAUACUCAAUUCUGAACUGACUUGUGGAGACAUAUCCCCUUUUGAUGAACAUAGGUAUCUCCAUGAGAAUUUAAGACAUCUCUUACUGAAGUUAUGCUAUGUUUAUGAUGUAAAUGUGACUCAGAUAUAAACUAACACUAAAUGGUUAGGUGCAAUGUCUCUCACUAUAAAGAAUGUAGAGGAAAAAAAUAUAAAAUACGUUGUUCAUAACGGCUUAAAUUUAAAAAGAGCUCUGGGAAUUCUGGUUAACAGAAACUUUCUUUUUUGUAAAUUUUUUUUAACGUUCAUUUAUUUUUGAGAGACAGAGUGAGAGCAAGGGAGGGUCAGAGAGAGAGAGGGAGACACAGAAUUUGAAGCAGGGUCCAGGCUCUAGGC